AAAAAAAGUACUGAAGAUUUUCGUUAAAUUUUCGUUAAAUAAUAAUUUAUUUUGUAAUUAAUAAACAAUGUCACAUUCUUUAAAUUUAUUGUAGAUAAAUUCAGUGUUGUAAUAAUUUUUAUAUAAAAAAAAUAUCAUUGUUAUUAUCGUCCAAGCAAUUGCAUGUGAAUGGCAUCAUCCGAUGGGAAUAUCAUAGAAAAGUGCAAGUGUUUUUAAAACGGCUAUGGUGUGUUUUUAUUUAUUUUAUUUUUUUCAUUUCAUCUGUGUUAAUGUUUAAGAAAGAAUUUAGAAAACAAGUUGACAGACUGUGUGACUGACACCAUAAGAAUUCGGGGUAAAAAUAUCACAAGAUCUUCCUGAACAACAAAGAUUUACUGGUUGACUUAUUUUGGAUGAUGAAAAUUUAGUAUAGAUUUAUAUCAAGAAAAAAUAAAACUAUGGAUAUGGUAUUUUAAUUGACUUUAUGUUGCUAAAUGAACGAGAUUCCACUGAUACUGCGUAAAAAAAACUAUUGCUUCAAUUAUAGUAUUUAAUUAUUUUUCAUUGCCAAUUUGUCGGCACGAUAUUAAUUUCCGUUGUGGUGUAAACGAGAUGGGGUUAUCCUGGCAACUGAAAUACAGUGACCUCGUUAUCGUCCUUGUCCUGAUAAUUACAUCAUCCAGUGAACCACUGACCGGUGAAAAUCUAUGCCAACGUACGGAAAACUAUACUGUUACCUGGACGGAGUCUUACAAGGAAUAUGUUCCAGUUUAUACGACAACCUGGUGCAUGUCAAUGCCACCAAAAUGCAUGAAAAGUCAUCAAGAAUUAAGAACUCGACAUAGGAUCAAGACAGAAGUUAGACACAAAAACGUCACAGAAUGCUGCGAUGGCUUCGCUUCAGAAAAACUUACAAUCGAUAAUGAAAAUAAUUUCGUUAUAAAUUGUGUUGCUAUUCCGCAAUGUAAAGCUGGUUUUAUUGGAAAAAAUUGUUCUGCAGUAUGUCCACAAGGUACCUGGGGAAUAUAUUGCAAAGAAGCUUGCAAUUGUAGCAAUCAACGCUGUGAUCCAAUCAGUGGCUCAUGUCAAUGUCCACCAGGCUGGACUGGAAGCAGUUGUACAGAUAAAUGUAAAGUUGGAAAAUGGGGUUCAGAGUGUAAAUCAAAUUGUUCAUGUCCAAAUGAAAGUAAAAUAUGUCAUCAUGUGACUGGAAAUUGUAGUGAAGUAAUUGAAUCAAUAAAUAAAUUGUCAGAGAUAGUAAAUAACAAUAUAAUCACUGAUGUAUUUGACGCAUCAACAUCAACAAUAUCUACCCUCUCAACCGGAACAAUAAAUGAUGAUGAUUCAAUCAACAUUAUAUCAAUCAAAAAUCAUACCAACGAAUUUUUCAACACGACAAAUUCAAAAAAUAACGGUGCGAACGAGGUGAAUGUUACAACUAGUCGUAAUGAAAUUGAACUGAAUUCCAAUUUUGCAACAACGACAAUUAAUAAAUUCCAAGAGCAUACAACGAGUCAAGAUAUACGUGUGAUAAAGGUCAACAAAUCAACAUCUAGACCAAUUCUGGCUGUGGUUCAUGUGUCUGGUAAAACACUUACGGAACAUGACAAAAUGAUUAUAACGCCUGAAGUACAUACAGUACCACUUUCACUGGAAAUUGUUGCAAUUAUUGUCAUUGGAUGUAUGAUGUCAUUGGGUUUAAUGAUUAUGGUUGUAUUAGCACUUUUACAUAUUCGAACAAAAUUAUUUGAAACCAUAAGAUUAUCAAUUUAUGAUACUGCAAAAUUGGAUAAUCAUGAAACAACAUUGACACAUCAACAUCAAAAAUUAAAUGACGAAAUAAAAUUUCAAUCACUUAGGCGAAACAAUAGAAUAUCAUGUCAGCCAUCAGACUAUGAAACACCAAGAUGUAUCAUUCCUGAUAGACCAUUGACUCUACCAAGAGCAAUCAGUACAAUAAGUACAUUAACAAGAGAAUCAACAUAUUCAAAUCAAUUUCCAAAUAUUCAAUUAUUCAACUCACCACGAGAAUUAUUAGAAGCACAUUACGACAGACCACCAGCGACAAAUACCUUUCGUCAGUUAUCUUUUCCUGGUCAUAAUGAAGGCGAACAUUUGUAUGACGAAAUACCACUUCGAUCAACAAUGCUCAGAAAAUAUCACAACACAUUGCAGUAAUAAAAAUCAAAACAAAAAAUUAAUGUGCCAUCUUAAAAUAAUAAUAAUUAUAAUUUUAGUUUUAAAAAUACAAUAAGGUUUUUAUUUAAUAAAAAAAAUUAUUAUCAAUU